UAUUUGCCCGAUCAGUUUAAAAAGAUGACCACCGAAUUACCUGAUGGCACCAUUGUCCCGGUACAAGACGAUGGGGUUGUGAUAGAGAUCAAACCCACUCCGCCCAGUGAGGUUCACCAAACAUCGGAAACAGAAGACGAGAACCGACAGAAGCCAAUACCGGCACCACAGCCAGCGCAAGAGUCAGCGACAGAGAAGACGGAAAUAAAAAAGACAUCAUCAGCAAGGGCCAAAAAGUACAGAGAACAACAGCAACUGAAGAAGCAGCAGCAGCAGCACAUGCAGCAAGAGGGCUUGGUUGUUCAGCAAGGACAGCAACAACAAGAACAAGAUUUCAGCAAGACACCAAACCAGGCAGAACAACAAGAGACAAGCGGAAGCACCCCGAUCGAAAUCCCCGAAGGAAUGCUCGAACACCCCGAUCCGGACAAGCGCGCCGAGAAAGCAGUCAGCCCGGCAGAAAGGCGAAGGCUGAUCAAAGAAGAGAUCAAGAGGCUGGCGCAGCCUGAGGAGAGAGGGUAUUAUCAACGACGACUGUGGUGAGACAGUAAUGCAUGGGGCCACUCCAAUGGUGACAGAAUACCACCUGAUCCAUGUACAACCUCCAGCUGGUCUUGAGGAUGGAUUGCCGUGGAUAUAAAUGGGACGUUUCUGGUACGUGUACAUCCUGUCAAUGAGUGUCUUGUUUCCUCGACAUAUUGUCGCUACGAAGUCUUUACGAAUGAAAUGACCAUGU